GUUUGAGUAACGGUCUCUCACUUGAGUAGCUGAUAGUAAUAUGUACUAGUGGGCCAUUAUAUCAAGUCCAAAUAAAUAAACGAAAGGAAGCCCAAAUAAAAAAUUUGAAAUCCCCGCGCAGUUGAUUUUAGGCAAACUCUCUCCACCACAUUGAUCUCUUUCCUUUCGUCGCCAUUUUGCUGCCAUUACCAACGGAUCGGCAUUUCAUAAUCAACUGAGAUCGAUACUGGUAUUGCUAAUUGUAGAAUUCUAGAAAUUAUAUUUCGGAGGUUUACUAUCAGGUUUUUUCUGGGUCUUUAUUAGGCCAUGGAAAAUGCAUAUUUCCACUGAAGGUUAAAAUGAGGUGCAACGCAUGCUGGAGAGAAUUGGAAGGUCAAGCUGUUUCGACCAUUUGUGGCCACCUUCUUUGCACCGCAGAUGCAAGUAAGAUACUUAACAGUGAUGGAGCAUGUCCCAUUUGUGAUCAAGUGCUAUCCAAGAGCCUGAUGAGACCUGUCGAUACAAACCCAAAUGAUGAAUGGGUUAAUAUGGUAAUGGUAGGAGUUUCACCGCAGAUUUUGAUGAAGAGUGCAUACAGAAGUGUGAUGUUCUAUGCUGGGCAGAAGGAAUUAGAGAUGCAAUGCAAGAUGAACAGGCUAGCAAUGCAAUGCAAACAAAAAUGCCAGGCAAUGCAAGAAAAGUUCAGUGAGAAACUGGAGCAGGUGCAUACUGCUUACCAGAAAAUGGCCAGAAAGUGUCAAAUGAUGGAACAAGAGAUUGAGAACUUGUCCAAAGAUAAACAAGAGCUACAAGAGAAGUUUGCAGAGAAAUCUAGACAGAAGAGAAAACUUGAUGAAAUGUAUGAUCAGUUAAGGAGCGAAUAUGACUCGGUGAAACGUUCAGCCAUACAACCUGCUAACCAUUUGUAUUCUCGAACUGAACCUGAUCUCUUUUCUAACCCGAACAACUUGAUGGAUAACCACAAUACACUAAGAAAAGGUCGGUUGCGUUUCACUCCUGAAACUCCAGGGCCAAGGGAGGAUAUUUGGCCUACAAGGCAAAACAGUUCCAAUUCUGGAGGAGGUUUUGACAUUUCAGCUAAUUCACCAUCAAGGCGAGCACCAGUUCCCAUGGAUACUGGAAACCGAAGGACUGGCGGCCAUCCUCCCUUUGGAACAGGAAAUCCUAACCCUUCCAUGACUCUCAGAAACCUGGUUCUGUCUCCAAUAAAGCGACCUGAGUUAUCACGUAACCGCCCUCAGCUUUUCACGAUGUAAUUUGAAGGCAUACUGCAUAUCGCUGUUUCUGAACAUGUCGCAGAAAGUCUUGGUGCAAUUCUCCUGAAGAAGCAGUGUUCUUUUUUGUACAUAUAGAACAGACACAAGCAAAGCAAUUUCAUUCACUGAUUCAUAGUUAGUAGGCUACUCUUUUUUGGAUGGUAAUGGGGAAGCUGCCUUACUCCCCCUUGGUGAUUGUUUUGUUGAUAUAAAUCAUCUUUAAUCAUCGAAAAGUAAUCAACAUUUGAUGUAAUUGUUGAUCCCCCUAAAUGCUGAUUAAGAGGCGUUGCUUCAACAAUGAAUUGGGAUCUUUUGGUUGAAAUCUAGAUGGCAUACGAUUUGAGAAUUGAUCGACAAAAAUUAAUAUUUUCAAUUAAAGGAAUAAUAAUGUGAUCUUGGAUCGGUCACGUUAUAGGUAUGCACU